AGGCUGGCCCUAGCUCAUGACACGGCCAAGGAGCAGCAGCGCAAACCCGUGAGCACAGAGAGCCACAGUCAGUCCGUUCGUGGCCCCCGUAGUUUGUGUGUCGUCGUCGUCGUCGUGGUGGUUUCGAUCCACCAGAUCCAGCCAGAGGAAAAUCAACCCCCCAACGAUUGGAAGGGAGAAAAAAAAACUAGGAUUCCUCCUUGCGUGCGAUUCAACGCUGGCCAUGACUUGAAGCGAGCAGAUUCUGGAAGAAAUUCACCCACCACGAUUUCCCGUUUGGUGUUGAAGAAUUUUAGGUGUUUUCCUUGCGCGAUUCACGAGAGCAACGAGGUUACAAGUGUGUGCGUCGCGAGUGUGAGGCAAAUCAGUGUGGAGCGCACGCUGGAGCAACAGAGGAAGAGCCCCACCACUCGUUUGCGAGAGCCGUGUACAAUCACACUCAACUAGUGUAGUGAUUAGGGAGAGAGAUUUUCCUUUAGAAGAAGAAAAAAAUCCUAAAACAAAAUUCAAGCGAAAAGUGAGAGAGCGCCAGCUCCAGGAGCAAUAGAGAGAGCAAUACCAAGAAGCAGAGUGGUGCAAGUGUGAGCGAGCGCGCUCGCCAGUGCAUACUAUCCUAGUAGGCUCGCUGCGAUAAGAACCAACGCGUGGGAGUGUGCGAGUCAAUCCAACCGCGAGAGAGCAAAGAGAGCGCGAGCGCUCUCACUCUCCUUUUUUGAAGAUUUUGGGGCGAAAGGACGAUUCGCUGGAUUUGCUCCACGAAGAAGAACAACAGGAUUAUCGAUAGCAGCAACCUGGGAGCAGAACCCCACACACACGUUCACAAACUAAUCGACCAGGACUAACCUCGAACAACUCGAUUUGUUACACCCCUCUCCCGCCGCGGCAUCCGUCAGCUGAAAAUGUCCCGGUGCUAGUAAUGCGCUGCUGAUCGUUGAAUCCGGCCGCAGAAUCAUCCAAGUGGGCUCUGCCGUUUGAUGGACCAGCAGAAGCGUUAGCGAAUAAAAAAAAAGGGAGCGUUAGCAGCGAUACUUAAGCAACAGCAGCAGCGAGCGUAUUGUGUGUCGAGGGGAGAGUAGAUUUUCGGUACUUGUAGAGAGAAAGAGAGAACGAGCAGCAAGAUGUCUUCGCAAACGGCAAGCCAGCAACAAUCAACCAAUGCAACAACACCACAGUCGGCGACGGCGCAGCAAGCGGCGUCGGGUUCGUGCGGCAACGACCGGAUCAUCGACAGCGUUCCGUUUCCGCCGAAGCACAAGCUAACGCUGGCGGAGGUGUUUGACCCGCACACCGGCAAGCCCCGCCCGGAGGUGCUGAAGCAGCACUUUAUCCUGGAGGGCCGGAUCGAGGAGAACGCCGCGUUGCGGAUCAUCCAGGACGGGGCGGGGAUCCUGAAGGCGGAGAGCACCAUGAUCGACAUCGAGGCCCCGGUCACGGUGUGCGGCGACAUUCAUGGGCAGUUUUACGAUCUGAUGAAGCUGUUCGAGAUCGGGGGAUCGCCGGCUUCGACCAAAUAUCUGUUUCUGGGCGAUUACGUUGAUCGCGGGUACUUUAGUAUAGAGUGCGUCCUGUACCUGUGGGCGCUGAAGCUGUGCUACCCGACGACACUGUUUCUGCUGCGGGGCAAUCACGAGUGCCGGCAUCUGACGGAAUACUUCACCUUCAAGCAGGAGUGCAAGAUCAAGUACUCGGAACGGGUGUACGACGCGUGCAUGGACGCGUUCGACUGCCUUCCGCUGGCGGCACUCAUGAAUCAGCAAUUCCUCUGUGUUCACGGUGGCCUCUCGCCGGAGAUCCAGGAGCUGGACGACAUCCGGAAGCUGGACCGGUUCAAAGAACCGCCCGCCUUCGGACCGAUGUGCGACCUGCUGUGGUCCGACCCGCUCGAGGACUUUGGCAACGAGAAGAACUCGGACUUUUACUCGCACAACACGGUGCGCGGCUGUUCGUACUUCUACAGCUACAAAGCCUGCUGUGACUUCCUGCAGAACAACAAGCUCCUAUCGAUCAUCCGGGCCCACGAAGCGCAGGACGCUGGCUACCGCAUGUACCGGAAGAGCUCGACGACCGGUUUCCCCUCGCUGAUCACAAUCUUCUCCGCUCCAAACUACCUGGACGUCUACAACAACAAGGCCGCCGUGUUAAAGUACGAAAACAACGUGAUGAACAUCCGGCAGUUCAACUGCUCCCCGCACCCGUACUGGCUUCCCAACUUCAUGGACGUCUUUACCUGGUCGCUGCCGUUCGUCGGCGAGAAGGUCACCGAGAUGCUCGUCAACGUACUUAACAUCUGCUCCGACGACGAGCUCAUCUGCGAGGGCGACGACAGCCUCGAGGAGGCGAACGCCCGCAAGGAGGUCAUCCGGAACAAGAUCCGCGCCAUCGGCAAGAUGGCCCGCGUCUUCUCCGUACUGCGCGAGGAGUCCGAGUCCGUGCUGCAACUCAAGGGGCUCACCCCGACCGGUGCCCUCCCGCUGGGGGCCCUCUCCGGCGGCAAGCAGUCCCUUCACAACGCCCUGCAAGGCUUCUCGCCCAACCACAAGAUCACGUCGUUCGCCGAGGCCAAGGGCCUGGACGCGAUCAACGAGCGGAUGCCACCGAGGCGCGACACCACGCCAACACCAAGCGACGAAAAGUCCAUAUCGCUGACGGCACCCAAAUAAUCAGCUUCGCCGCCGCCGUCGUCGCCGUCACCGUCAACCCAGUUCAGAUAGCAACACAUCCACACACACACACACGCAGACACAAACACUCACACACACACGCAUAAUAAAAGAAGAUAUAUUAUAAUUGAAGCUACUAAACAACAAGAAAAAAAAAACUAUUAUAAUAAAUUAUGAGAAAAAAAGAGAAGAAAAAAUUAAAACAUAAGUAAAGAAAAUCCACUAAUAACUUAUAUUUGAAAGAGAGAGAAAGAGUAAACAAAAAAACGCCCCCGCCCCCGCCCCCCACAGAAAAAACAAAAUCACAUUAACGAAACGAAGCUAUCUUCGCGAUAUUCAGCAAAGCAAAACAACAACAAACAACCAAAACAAAACAAGUGUAAUACGAUGUUAUCAAUCAAGCAAGAAAACAAAACCGCAAUACAGAAAAAAAAACUUAGACGACACUCUCACUUUCAUCCUCACACUCACACAUACAGAAACAAGCAUGCGAGAUCAUCAAACAAACAAAAAAGUUCGAGACUUUUGCGAAUGUUCUGAAUUUGCCUUAAAAGCAUUGAGGUCGGAGGAAAUUCUUUUUGGGACGUCACUUUCUGCUGAUUGUCAAACCUUUGCGAUUGCUUUUGCCAGGGAGAAUUCCGUCUAUGCAUCCUAGUAAUCCGAUCACAAUAUUUACAUUUUUUGACAGGAGUAGUGGUGUAGCGAUCCAUUUGCCCACGGCAAAACCACACAGCCACUACUGUCAAAAAAGGUAAAUAUUAUGAUCGGAUCACUAGACAAAUUCAAGGAAAAAAAAACAAGAAAUUUUCGUAGUUCUGGUACUCUGUUGGUCAACGACUGUGGAAAUUUGAGAUUUUUGUCAUGGAAGUUCAAGGAAAAGAUACAGAAUUCAUUAUUUUAACCCAAAAAGCAAGGUUUUAAAAAUAUUGAAUCUCUUCAGGAUUUUAUUGUUUUCAUCAGGUUUCGACCUGACAACUCUGAAUCUGUCAGAGGCUUGGCAAAGGUAAACAUAAUUGCAAAAAGCUUGAAAAAAUAGCAGUUUGUAUCUAAAAAAUACUUUUUGCAAGUCAUUAUCAUUCAACGCAUUUUUCUUCAAACAUGCACAGUAUUGUAAAUGAGUGAUAGAAAAAACUAUCAUUUGAUGAAUCUUGCGUCAAAAUAUCAGAGGGUAUAGCGACCGUCACAAUAGCUUGUGAGUUCUCUUUUUUAUCUCGUGCUUACUAGCAAGAGCAUUCUCUUUCUAUCCCGUCUUCUCUUUUCCUUGUUCACGCACACUCGCCGAAGAUUCUUUUGUUUUCUCAGUAAACCGCAAGAACGUGAGAGGGAGAUUUGGAACAGACCACGUAUUACAUCCCGCCAAAUUGCGUUAGCAAAUUUUGUUUUGUGGCUACGUUCUGUUGAAGGGGUUAGAUUAUGAAUUUAGAGAUCGGCAAUCCUUUUUGCUGAGAAUCUCGCGAAGGAAAGAAGAGCAGUAAUAGUUGGGAGAUGAGAUUUCAGGCAUGAUAAUUGUAGUCGUUGAGAACUGAAAGUUUGAUAUUUUUACAACUCUGAGAACACCCAAUGACUUGCUAAAAUAUUGAAAAAUAAAAAAUAAAUCAUACAAAAAUAUUUGGAAUUUCCGAGACUGAACAAUUUGAAAAGAAAUGAAAUGUUGUUUAUGUCUGGCAUAAACUUGAGAUUCGCUAGGGGUCAUUUAGUAAUGACUCAAGAUAAAUUACGUCAAUCUUUCCUGCCAGUUUUGCUAGCAAAAUCUCAAUCUCAAAACGUAAUAUUUUUUUAAAUCAUUUUUUUUUUUAAGAUAAAAAUAUACAGCCAAAGGUUCAGAGUGGACCCAUUUUUUGCCUAUAUUGAUUGGCUAGAUAAUCGUCCACAAUCUUCAAAAUAAAACCUAUUUUUUCACAGGGUUUUGCCUAUAUCUCUCUCAGAUUUUUUAAAUUUUUAUCUUGCAAUCCUGCAUGUUUCAUAAUUUGGCAUGCUGGAAAAUGAGACGAAAAAGGCACAACACAGUUAAAAAAGGAACUUUGCCAAUUUUGCAGUUAAACUUCAAAACAAUAAACAUACGUGAAUUUGGAUUUUCCUGUCACAGACAAACAGAAGUAAGUCGUUUCAAAUUUAAAUAAAAAAGAAAAUCAGCCAGCGCUCCUCACAAGAACAAUCUAGUUGAUGAACGUGUGCAUCGCACCAAAUGCAGUUUAAAGCACCUGUCAAACGCGUGUAAAUAAACUGUGGUGAAUUUGAAAUCGCCAUGGUGAGUUUCUGAUCAUUCAAACUGACAGUAAAUUUUUUGAUUGAUAUUAAAAGAGAUUGACGUUAACUUUGAGCAGAGAAACAACCCUAGUUUGACAACCUAGAGCGGCUAAUUUGUCUUUUUUAUUAAGAUUGACUAUGUCAAACCAACUAGAUGAAAUUCCAAUACAAAAAGUGUCAACUUAAAAACUUCAGUGAAUCAAACUUGGCAGAAUUUGCCCCAAAUUAAUAACAAGGUACAGUUUACAGAAAAUUAACAAAUUUUAAAUAUCAAAUUUUGAUAUUUUUAUGACUCCUCCGGCUACAAGAUAAAAAUCAAUGCUGAAGCAAAAACUAGUCGCAAAACCCCUCGAACUCCCAUCCCCAUUAACGUAUAUCCAUCCUUUACGUAUUAAACAUAUUCCAAUCUUUCAAGUCACAGAUAACAAGCAAGUCAAAUCCAUGCACCGAAAUCAUAUUUAACAAACAAAAAAAAAGUACACACACAACGUUAUUGAAUAACCAAACAAAGAAAAAAAGGAACCCAAAAGAAGAAAAAUCAGACAUGUUUUAGAAAGUAAUGGUUCAAGCUAACAAAAAAAAAGAAAAAAGUAUAAUUAAUCGAAUCAUUGUUGAUGUUUUCUAGCUAAACAAACUCAAAACAAAUCAACCACUGAGAGACAGACACAGACACACUCACACGUACACGGUCAAACCAAAACACACAGACACUCAGACAAAACCCAAGCCGAACAGAGAGGAUAGUUUACGACGUGGUGAACAUAUAUAUUGUAAAGAGAGUGCAACAAAAAAGUGCAACUUUUUUUGUAAACAAUUAGGUAUCUCGCACCGCAGACACGCACACACACACACACGCGUGUGCGUGUGUGUGUGUGUCACUGCGCGCCUCUAGAUAGAUUGUUCCCUAUUGUUUUUCCGUUUUUUAGUGUUGGUUUUUCGUUUUCCUUUUUCGUCUCAAUCGGGAGUGUGUCUUCUCAACGGGACGCCCCCCCAACUGAUGAUCUAUACAACUACAACAAACAAAAAAAAAGUCUGAGCAGGCCAUGAAUUGUACACAACUUUAUGCCACGCCCUCUGCGAUCUAUACAAAACAAAAGCAAAACAUUAACACUACUAAGAAGUAAACAAAACAAAUGCGAACCCCCCAACGUUUAUCGUAAAAGCCUCCGCCACGUGCGCUCGUGUUUAGUUUCCUCGUCCGCAAGCACACAUACACACAAUCAGAACAUACACACACACACACACGACACGUCAAACAAAGCAAGCGUGGUGAAUUUGCAAUCGAUUAAAACGCACACAUGAACACAGAAAGAGUUACACUCACACAAGUUGAAAUUGAAAUUUUAAUCUGAUGGAAUCAGAAAGCUGUUAAUGUAUCCAAUUUGGAAGUGCAUUUAUGAAGAAAAUAAAAAUAAAAAAAUCAAUAAUCACCACAGCAGAACAAAAUGAGCGCUAGACAAGUAAUAGUUACAGCCACGAAAAAUAAGAUUAAAACACUGUCAGGUUUCCCACGACCCUAUCGGUAACUUUUCUACUGGAAUUCACCACAAAAUGACAACCAACCGCUUGACACUUUUCAUACUCACCACUAUCAUGCUAUUUUCACCUCUAACCAAACACAACUUUGACAGCAAGAAAUGAAAACAAAUUUAUUUUACUAGCACGAUGAAAACAAAAACAAAAUUACAGCAAAAACGCAGAGUAAAUCAAACAAACUGAAUAUCUAACAAUAAAACAACACUCACACAACCAAACACCGAAACUAACCCAACUUUUCAAUGUGAUUGACUCUUACAAAGCAAAAACCAAGUAACUAAUCGAGUGUCCGCGUAGAUGUGUCUUCUUUUUUUGUUGGCGUGUUUUGUUUUUUUUUCUAAUUAAUUUAUUUUCGCAUUUUCGAAGCCACAAAUUUUAAACAUCACAUGCGAUGCGAAUUUACGAUGCAAAAACUUCGUCCCCCUCUUCCCUCUUGUGCAGAUAUUUUAUAGUCACAUACACAGAGAAACACUCACACACAAACACACACACUCUACCCGAAUAAUUAAGUAAACAAAACGUGAACGGAACAACAAGUGGAAGGAAAAAAGUUGGAAACAAGCUUAACACUAAUAAGUUUAACAGCAUCAAGUAAGGAUACUAUAAUAAAACAAAAUCACACACACAUACACGGAGAAGAUGCCGUAAAGGUGUGGCGAGAAAAAAUCACACAGACACACACAGAAAGAAAGAAAGAAGCGUAGAAGGAGAAUGAAAAUGUUAAAAAACAAGUUAAGUCAUAAGUGUAUAAUUAAUUAAUUAUUAAGUAAAUUAAUUUAACAGAUUAAACAAGAAAAAAAACUGAAGCAGAAGAAGAAACAAGAGAGCGAAAACUAGAGUCGAAUGAAAGGCGAGAAUUACAUUUAAAGAAUAAAUAAAAAAACAAAAGAGAAGUAAUUAUUGUCAUAUUAUUAAAUCUAUCAUUGACAACAAGAGAAACAAAGGAAAAACCGUGCUUGCCAUUUCAUUAGGGCACAUAACUUUUUUAGACAAGAGUGUGUCCCUUUCACACCUAAUGUAAACUGUCAUUUGAGUGAAAGGGAUGCACUAUUGUUUACUAAAGUUAUGUGCCCUUUUGAAAUGUUAGGCUCCAAACAAGAAUCUUAUAUAGAAGCAUUGAAUUUAACAAAAAGGCAAAAAAACGUGCAUCUGCAAAACAAAAAAAUUCUAUGAAAAAGAAAGCAAGUAGCGUGUAAACAACCGUGAAAACAUUUUCAUUAUUUUAAACAACUCUCUAAAUUGAAAUAGUAAUUAAUAAAAGAGGAGAAAAAAAAAACAAACAUAGUUCAUUAAGUCAAACAUCAUUGUGUAAGAAACAAGAAAAAAAAACAAAAGAUUAAUAAACUUCCCUUCCCGUGUUAAUAUUUGCGUGCGCUUUUCUCAAACAAAAAAAAACGACAUAUUUAUAUAACAAAGGAAACAAGUUGAAAAUGUACUUUUUACUUAAAUCCUGGUUGGAAUUUAAACCACUAAGUUCUUAUUAUUAUUUGUAAUAUUUUUUUUAUUAAAACUGUUGUUAUGUUAGUAAUUGAAACGAACUAUUUAUGUUUAAAGCCUAGUUCUUUCUUUCUACGAACUGUGUAAGCAAGUAAACAAAAGAAGAAAAAACAAUUGUUAUAGAGUAAAUCAAUGCAAAGCAACAACAGACGACGAUUAGCCCCUUUCAUUUUUCAUUGCAGACAAAAAAUCACACACACACACUCACACACAGUAAAACAAAGAAAGAAAACAAAAGUGUAUUAGUUGAAGGAGCAAAAAUACGCAAACAAAAAAAACUAAGCAAGAAAUAAAUUUUUAUACUACUUUCUCUGAGGCAUUAAACAAAAGAAAAGAAAUGAAAAAAAAAACAAAUGGAUAACAAAGUAAACAAAACAAAAAAUAUUCACAGAAAACAAACAACUCUGUCAUCAA